AUGACACAGCUCAGAGAGAUUCCCUACCAGGCUUCCAGACCUUUGUCAAACCCAAAAGCCGCAGAUUACAUUCCUACAAAGCUGCGCAUUGGUGUCCUUGGAGCAGGCAUAAGUGGCCUUCAAUUUCUGCAUUCAGCAGAGCGACUGAAGGAUGUUGAAAUUGUGGUCUACGAGAUGAAUGAUGACAUCGGCGGAUGGUUGACCAGCAGGUAUCCUGGUUGUCGCUGUGACAUAGCUUCCAUCGUUUAUCAAUUCUCAUGGAGGCCGAACAUCUGGUCUGAAAUGUAUGCACCUCAGGCCGAGAACUUGGAAUACAUCCGGACCGUUGCGAAAGAGAACGACUUCUACAGAUUCAUAAAACUAAGGCAUAAGAUUCUCUCUGCGGCCUGGAGCGACGAUGAGUCGAAAUGGACUCUAAAGGUAAACGAUCUUGUUGAUGGCCGCGAUUUCGAGGACAAAGUCGACUUCUUUCUCGAGCUCAAUGGACCUGUCAGCAAUCCGAGGCUGAAUCCUGUCCCUGGUCUGGACGCAUUCCAAGGCGAAGUCAUACACCCAGCACAUUGGAAGCCCGAGACAACUGUCAAGGACAAGAAAGUAGCUUUAAUCGGUUACGGUUGUUCUGGAGUUCAGAUUGGGCCCAAUAUCGUGAACGAUGUUCAGAAAUUGUAUACUUGGUUCAGGAAUAAGACAUUUGUUCUGCCACCGCCCAAUCAAGCCUUCUCUGGGCAGGAAGGAGCCAACUUCAAGUACAGUGAUGAGCAAAAGGAACUGCUGAAAGAUCCAGACGUCUAUCUGGCCUAUCGCAAGGCUGUCGAAUCUACUUUCAAUACUCGGUAUCCUUACCUCAUUAAUGGCGGCCGAAUCGGGAACGAAGUACGGGAGAUGGUGACGAAGUACAUGAAGGCGAAGUUAGCAUCGAAACCGGAGUUGUUUGAUUCAAUCAUACCAACAGACUUUGGCAUUGGGUGUCGACGCCAGACCUUUGCAUAUGGUUAUCUUGAAGCGCUCACACAUCCAAAGACCACGGUACUCCUGCAACCUCCUCAGCGCUUUACCAAGCGUGGUCUGCUGGACAGCGAUGGCAAUGAACAUGAAAUCGACAUGGUUAUAGCGGCAACUGGAUACGAUCAGUCCCACAUGCCACCUUUCCCACGAACUGUCAAUGGCGAAGAUGUCGCCUCCAAGUGGCAGGACCUACUGUCUCCUCCUAGCUACAUGGCUCUGAUGCUCAAAGGCAUGCCAAACUACUUCAACCCAGCCUCAGCAUUUGGACCCCUACCGCAAGGAAAUUUCUUCCACUCCACAGAAGUGUACUCGAACUAUAUGGUGCAGGUGAUAGAGAAAGUGCAACUCGACCGACUUCUCAGUAUCAAGCCCAAAGAUUUGGCCGUCGAUCAUUUCGUUCGUCACGCAAAUGCUUGGAUGAAGCGCACAGCACUUACCGGCCCUUGUGUCUCGUGGUAUAAAGGAAACGAUGGCAGCUCGAAGCCUCCGUCUCUAUGGCCAGGUGAGAGAAGUCAAUUUACUAAGAUCAUGCGGACGCCACGAUUCGAGGACUUUGACCUACGUUAUGAAAAUCCAGAUGACAUGUUCAGCUAUUUCGGCAAUGGAUGGGAUCUGGAGACUUUCGGAGAGGAUGGAGACAAGGCUUGGUAUAUGGGACAGCCGAAGAAGCCCGUUAACCCCGAAGUCUUAGACCGCCUUCGAGGAACGGACCCAAGUGUGGGACAGGCUGGAGUAGAAGUCUUAGUUGGGGAUGAAGAUCGGAAGCAGAAUCAUCUACUUCGCCAAUGGUAG